CAGCAAGCCUGUCAGUAGCAGGUAAACAAACCUUCUAGAUUGGGAAGGAGAGCCCAACAAAGCGUUUCGACUGUGUUGCGUUUUGCAAUGGGGAGUAGGCUGACAGUUGUUAGAGGUAGGCGUCUAGUGACACAAGUGCAUUAAGAAUCAUUUUAUAAUCGGGGCCAAACGGCGAGAUAGGUCGACGAAAGUGAAGGAAAAAAGAAAAGAAAGGACGGAAGGAAAAGUAGUUCUACCAUCGGGGCCAAAGAAAUAUCUGCACACGAUGCAUUGCAGCACUGCAGAGAAAACUGGUGUUUUAAAUCAUGAUUUGACACAAGAGUGUGUCAUCAGGGAUGUAGGUUGGCUUCUUUAGCAUCCGUUGUUUUUUAAGACUCCACGCUGGCUUCGGAGGAGCAUCUCGUGGGGUGCAACAUGGGACCCAUCAUGCAGGAACGCACAGCCUCCACGACACUGAAACGCGUAGUUUCCAAAGAGAAGAUACGGGUUAAGAAUACAGAAAACAGCGGGCCAGUGACGAGUUCUAAGAAAAGUAACAAAACUAAAAAACCUGUGGGACAGCUGAAAAAUGGGUUGCCAGGACCGGGCCAGGAUAAGGACACAGUCACAGCAAUGCAGAGGGGUGCUCAACUUAAAAGUGGAAAACUGAAGUCUACCAUUACAAAGAAUACGAGUAAAGUCUCCAGUCCUGAAGAAGAUGGUGAUUUGAAGCCCCUACAUCGGAAACACUUGUCUGCACAGAGAAAAGAGGACAAACGAGAUAACCAACGAGCGUCACAGUGCAGCAUUGAGCUACCACCGAACCGCCCGGGGCUGGGGAAAAAUCGGCGAGCCCUCUCACUUCCUCUUUCACCGAUAUCAGGGCUACGGCAAUCACCAGCUCUGCUUCUGUCACACUCCCUGGCCCCAACCCCAGAGGCCCUGCAGCACUACAUCGAUAAAGAGGAAGACACUGACAGUGCUAGUGAUCUGUCAGACUCUGAAAGGCUGCCUGUCCUACCCUCUCCAUGCACCCCCUGCACACCUCCGCACCUUAACCUGCGGGCGGAAAUCAUCAACACUAAUGACUUCCCCCCAGACUUCCCAGGGCCCCAUGGAACAGUGGAGGAUGAGGAUGAGAUUGAGAAACCCAAGUACAGUUACCCAGAUUUUCUGCCACCUCCCUUCAACAGCUGGAGUCUGAGACAGCUGGCAGUGUUUCUUCACACAGAGGGUCGCGGUGCCCCCCGGCCGAAGCCUGUGGGACCAUUAGAGAAGUACCUGGAGAGGCUGCUGCAGCUCGAGUGGCUCCAGGUUCAAACAGUGCAAGCGGAGAGCAGCCGUCCUCCUGGGAGCCGCACAAGACCACAGAGCUUCCCCUCUGCUGCCACAGCUCACCCAUCCAGGCCUCAUACAGCCCCAUCGUCCCGUCUAAACUCCCCCAAGGGGAUGAGGCACAGCCAGAGAACCUUCCCCUACACGCCGGUCAACAACCCCCCAUCACCUGCCGCAGCUCAGCACCAACCUUCACGCUUUCCCGUUUGUCCACACUGUCACAUCCGGUAUCCCUUGUGCAAUGGCAGCUGCUCAUCCUACGCUUACCAGCGGCACUCGCGACUCAGCCCACUGUUUGAACGCAGAGCACGGCCUGGCACCGCAGCAAAGAGAAGCAGCAGCGAGACCAGAGCGUCCUCGACAGAAGGUAGGAGCCCUGGAGGACAGAGCGGUGGAGGGGCCCAGACCCCAGUUAGCCCCUCGGCUGGGAAAAGUCACCUCAAACACAUGCAAGCUGCAGGCAAUGUCCGUAGACACGCCCAGGAAGGUGGCACCAACCAGAACAGCAAAAGUCAGACGAGGAAGAGCCGUGUUAGAGCCAACUCGGAGACGGAUGUCAAAAAGGAAGCUGGUGGAGUGAAAACACCAGUUACACCAGUCGCAGAGAAACGGGGUUUCGCUGCAAGUAAGAGAGAGUUGAUGGCAUCUAAAAGGGAAGAAAAGGACUGGCAGAGGAUCGAGGCAAGAGGUCAGGCCUCUAAAACUGCCAUUAAAAAAGCUGCUAAAGAGCCAGCGUCUUUGUCCAAAGCCCCGCUUAAUAAUAAGCAGAAUGGCAAAACAAAAAAUGUGCACUUUGUCGCAAAGUAACCCUCAUCAACUUGCAGUGUAGUUCUUUACUUGCAGUUACUUGGCAAAAAGCUUAAUCCUAUGCUUGCUGUCUGUCAAAUCUAUGUGAUACUAACAUGUUCCAGCUACUUUACAGAAUAAGCGAGUGUGAAGCUACGUACACGCCGGGCUUGGGUGGGUGGUUAAAGAACGUGCUGAACGUGGGUUUUUGAAUCCCCUUUUAGCAUAUGGUGUUCCUGGACUGUUGCUACUCGACACUAGCACGUGUGCCUACAGCUGGAAGAAGCUUGGUGCAAAUCUCACGAAUCUUUCACAGCUCUAUUCUGAUACUUGGUGUCAUAUAAUUCCAGCUGGGUACGAACCUCAAUUAUGAAUUUAUCCUUCAUGAUAGAUUUUAAAACGGUUGGCACUUCUGAAAAGGACGCCAUCCAUACAUCCCUACCAAAUCCAAGUCCCUGAUUGGUCAAAGUUCACCUAGUGUAACUUUCAGCGCACUGAAUGAUCGAGCGUUUUAUACGUAGAGCCUGCAAAUUGGUGUUUGUAGUGAUGCGUGAACGCAAUCAUUUGGAACACCCAACCCGUGCAUAUGUCAGACUUUUAUAUUGGAAGUGACACUUGAAUGCACAUUUCUGAGCCCGGUGUGAACGUAGCAUGGUUCACGGUGUGAACAGCUCUCAGAUGAGUUGUGCAGCCUUGACCUUAUCUAGCAGGUGAGCAGCUAUAAUACAGGUAGAUUAACAUUUGUUGCAUUUAAUUCAAACUGUAAAGAUAUAACUGUAAUACAGGGAUUCGUGUUUGACUCAAGGUUCAAUAAAAACCCCAUCCUUACUAGUGUAAUUUAAGACUGCUUUCAUGUAAACGAUUUUGUUUUACUUAACUAACAUAAAAUAAAGAAAAUGCAAGCAUUUACCGUACCACUGGAAAGCUUACAGCACAAGCAAGUCCAUAGUGGUUUUUAACACGAGUCACUGCAUUUCAAUCAUCAGAAACCUGAGCGACAUUUGAUGUUUGAAUGUAUUUUUUUUCCAAAGAUGUUGCUUUUUAUUCUUUUGUAUCCCACGUCUUAAGAUGUGUAAGUUGAAUCAGCUUUAGUUGAAACAGGAUGCGCAUGAAGUGGUGAGUUACUACUGUUGUGUAGAUCGUUGGGGUGAAACGAUUAAUCAAUGAAUCAAUCUACAUUCUCUCAAUCCAGCCAGAUCGAUCUGUCUGAGGCAAGUUGUUAAUCAAUCGGUCUAUAUACCUUUAAAAAUGGUUCCAAAUUGAAAUUGAGUAUAUUGAUUUUGGAAAAUAAUGUUCUAUUUGUAUUAUUUUGAUGUGGAAAAACAACAGUGCUGAACUUUAACUAAAAUAUGGAUGGAUUUGCCAUCCAUUUUUAUUUACAUGUUUGUUUAUAUUUAAUUUACACUUAAUUAUCUUGCAAGGAAUCUGGAAAACUUCACCUGCACUGUUCAGUACCAGGUAUUUAUCUGGCUAAAGAUGUCCUGGACCGAUUUUAGGUCAGUAAUUCGCAUUCUUUAAAAUGAAUUGUGAAUCGUAAAUUCACAGACAAAUUAUGAUAUGAAUCGAAUCGUUGGUCAAAUGAAUCGUUACACCCCUAGUAGGUUGUUGCAGUUAGAUUUAGUUUUUCAUUUUUUUUUUUUAGUUUCAAGGGCUUUCCAUCCUCUAGCAGCUUGAAUUGUAGUCAAUGAUAACUGGUGUAUUUUGCAUAGAGCUGAAAUCUUCCUGUCAUUUAAGACGAUGUAACGUUUGUUAUGAAUGUAAAUGCAUAUUUUUUCAGAUUUUAUAUACCAUAGUUCUAUUUCUGAUAAGUGUUCUGGUGGACUUGUAUCUGUCACAGUCGUGGUCAUGUUUUACUAUGCCGCAGUAGGAGGAAGGUUAAGUCAAAGUUGAGGAAUGUAACUUUGUCUCAUGUGCUGUCAUUCCAGGGAUUUCAACACACACAGCAACUUGGUUGUACUGUGGUGAUGUUUUUAAAUAUCACCCUUACAUUCCACUACAUACUUGAUGUCUGUAGAGCACUAUUCAAAUUAGAGCGCUCUCUGUUUCUUGUGUGGUUUAUAAUGUGUGCACUAGUUCCAUGGAACUAAAAGUAUAAUUGUGAUAAAUGCUGACUGCACCUAUUUAGUAAAUGUCUGUUAAAAUAUCAAAGCCAUUAAGUAACGAGCCAGGAUAGGAAUUAUUAUUGUAGACGUGUACUACACUCCUCUGACAUGCACGCUGAUAUAUUAGUGUGUUUUUUUAUUUAUUUUUUUGUGUGUUGAAUGCAAUUAAUUGUAAGGCAUAUAAAUAAAUGUUUUGCACACACAGAAA